AUGGGCAUCCAACCAAUUUGGCCGUCGAGCAGGAAUUUGGCUCGAUGUCACACUGCUGGCAAUUGGCGUAGCCAUCCACCGGCUGCACCGAGGGACAGCGCCUUUAUCGUCGGCCGAUUAGUCGUGGGUGCAAGCAGUGGCCUUCUCAAAAACUCCGCCCCGCUACUACUGAACGAAAUUACCUAUCCCGUGGCCAAUUCUCCCUUCAUAUGCGGCUAUUAUUUCGGCGCCUUGAUCGCCGCUUGGGUGACAUUCGGCACCCACGUCUUGGAUCCCUCUGGGCUUGGUGCAUUCCAUCAAUCACGCAGAUUAUUUGCCCGGCACUCACUCUUCCUGACCUCCUCCUUUUUCAUGAGAGUCCUCGAUGGCUUGUCUCGGUAUAUUGCCGAUUAUCGGACCGCUUUUACGGCUUACAAACGGCUGGGGAUGAUCAAGAUCCAGCAAACGCUCGAUAUGGAAGAGAAGUAUGUGAAGUCUUCAGGGUGGCCAUAG